CAGUCUGAGACAUUUCGCCGCAUUUCACCGAGUAGAUUGCAGGCGACGGAGCCAUGAAGACAUACGUGGAAGCCAUGACGAAACCCGCAGCCUGCUUCAAAUACUGCGAAUUCGUGCUGGGGAUCCCGGCGCUCUCCGCGCUCCAGGUGCUGGGGAUUCUGGCGCUCUCCGUGCUCCAGGUGCUGGGAAUUCUGGCGCUGGGGAUGUUCCGGGAGGCGCAGGGAAUAGCAGCGAUCCUGGCGGCGCAGAAGUCGGAGGGCCGUCCAUUCGAUCCGAGCUUCGCUACUUUCGCCUUCGACAUCGAUACGGCUAAUGUGAUUCUCGGGUGCCUGUUGGGGCUAUUCAUCUCGACUCUCGUCUUCCCCGUCGCCAUCCUCUUCGGUCACGAUCCCGGCCCCAUCGAUUUGUUCCACGGAGCAGUGUGCACCCUGUUCUACCUGAUCUCGGGAGUCUGUCUGCUGAAGAACGCGGUCGGCGUGCCCCCCGCCAAGCUGACCCUUCGGGUCCUGGGCUCCGGCGUGGCGUCCUCCCUCCUCGGCCUCGUCUUCCUCGCGGACGUGGCCGUCCUGGCGUUCAAGUGGCGCGAUUGGCCGCACCGGUUCCAGAGGAUCCCCUGAGUGGCGUGCUGUGUGGUGCCCUAUCAUGUCUUGUGUGUUACCAGCGAAAUUAUAUAUUAUGAGUUUUUCAAUAACUAAAGCGGU